CCAUUGCAGUGUGAUGAACUGAAGGCUGGCAGUCGUAGCUCCUUUCAAACACUUGCUGCACAUCCGGUGCCACACGAUUAUUGAUGAAAGUUCGCAGGUGCAGCGAAUAACACCUCCCCGCCAUCGCACCCCGGCACAAGCUAAGAAUUGACCGAUGGGCGAAAACGUAUGCGGCGAUGUGGCUGUUGAUAUGCCUGAUCAGGUGCCUGCCGAUGUGGAUGGCAACCGUGUAAUCAGGAAAGCUUACUGGGGAAUUGUGCCUUUCCUGUUCCUCACAACGACUCUGACUUACAUUGACCGCUCCAAUGUCUCCUUUGCCAGUCUGCAAUUCAUACCGGAUCUUGGGCUGUCUGCCGAGCAGUAUGGAUUGGGCGCAGGUAUCUUCUACAUUGGGUACGCGGUGUUCCAGAUCCCCAGCAACUUGGUCAUCACUCGCGUGGGGGCUCCUCUGUGGCUGGGCAUCCUGAUAUUUGGAUGGGGGGUUGUGUCAGCCUGCACCUCUGCCAUGAGGACUGCAACCCAUUACUAUGCUGUCCGCUUCCUCCUUGGUGUGUUUGAGUCCGGAGUCUUCCCGGGCUCCUGGUGGCACCUGCAGCUGUACUUCACCAGUCUGGAGGUCGGCUUUGCCUACGCCGCUGUGUCAUCUUCCACCGCGCUCAGUAAUGUCAUUGGUGCUCCCUUAGCGGCGGGCAUUCUGUACAUGGAUGGAGUGGGCGGCUUGCGGGGAUGGCAGUGGCUGUUCAUCCUGGAAGGCUGCAUCACCGCCAUCUAUGGCAUCAUCCUCAAGGAUCAGUACACGCUGUUCCUGCCGGGGCUAAGUGCAUCUGCAGACAAGCUGCAUUUUGUGCUGGCACCCAAGCCGUCGAGCGCGUACUUCUUGAAGCCUGCGGAGCGGACGUGGCUGGCAGCGCGCCAGGACAGGCUGCAGGCCGCCUUCAACAGCAAGCACAGCCGCCAGGGCAACUGGUGGGCUGCCAUCCCCGACUGGAAGAUCUGGUACCUGUCAGUCUGCUAUGCCAUUGUUCAGUUUGGCAUCACCGCUGUCGUUUACUUCAACCCUUUCAUUGUCGAGGCCCUCUUCUUUGGAGGCAAUUUCAGCGGCAAGGCAAUAAAGAUUCAGUUUGCAGACCAGCACGAUCGGGCUUGGCACACGGCCAAGAUCGCGCUCUUCUCCACCGUUCUGUGGGUGCCUGUUGGCCUCGGCAUGAUUGCUGUCUCCUGGUCUGCCAAGCAUUACAGGGAGCGCAACUGGCACUCUUCCAUUCCGGCCCUUAUUGCGGGUGUCUGUUUUCUGGUGGUGCCUCCCACAAUCAAGGCCAGCCCGGCGGCAGGCUACGUUCUGAUCAUCAUUGCUGCCACCGGUGUCUGGGCGCCCCACGGGCCCAUGUGGUCGUGGCCCAAGACGUUCCUGCACGGCCAAGGCGCAGCCGUGGGCAUUGCCAUCUUCAACGGCGUCGGCGCCAUCGGCGGUUUCUGCGGCCCCUAUGUUGUGGGUGCUCUGGUCGACCGCGGAGGUUACGUCAAGUGCAUGCAAGUGCUUGGAUGUCUGUUCCUAGUUCUGGGCAUCGCCAUCGCACUGUAUCGGCCAAAGGAUUUGGAGUCUGAACAUGUGGUGGAGGAGGGCAGUAAGGAAGAGGUUGAUUGCGAUGCCGCAAGCCCUCGCAGCAUCGAGCUGACUAAUUCCAACGAGUCCCAGGUCAAGACUGUGUGACUGUGUUUUGCCUAGCUAUAGCAUCCCCACCACGACCGGCUUCUUUGUCUAAUUUAGCCAGUCAAUGUUGGCUUGCUUUGACCACGUCCACAAACCAUGCUACAGGUUGAUCUGGGUGCAGCCCUGUUGUUUGGCAGGCAAAGUGAAGUAUUUUUGACAAAACCAAGUCCAAGAGAAGAAAUUUUGACAGGCCCCAAAAAGAUGCAGAUGAUAGAUGUACAGUGGGCUUGGAAUUAGUUUUAGAACUUUGGUCUUCGGGCAUACAAUGAGCCACGUCGUGGACCCAGACCGCAUCAAUGUAACGAUUGCUCUUUCU